CUCAAAUUCAAAGAAGAAAAAAAAAUUAAACCUAAUAGAAAAAACAAUAAUAAUGAUGACAUCAUUUGUUGAAUCUGCACAUCCCUCUGCACCUAUAAAACCAAAUAUUACGAGCAAUUAACCUACUCUAUACGGUCCUAAAACUUAGCUUUUCCUCAAGAGCAUAUAUACACCUGCUAAUAACUGUUAACACUAUUCUUUGCCUUGGAAAAUAUAUUCGUUGUGCCAGUGCAUUAUGGGAAGGUCACCGUGUUGUGAGGAGAGUAGUAGUGUAAAGAAAGGGCCAUGGACGCCAGAAGAAGAUGAGAAGCUGAUUGAUUAUAUCAGCAAACAUGGCCAUGGCAGCUGGAGAACACUUCCAAAGCGUGCUGGUCUCAAUAGGUGUGGCAAAAGCUGCAGAUUAAGGUGGACAAACUAUCUGAGGCCUGAUAUCAAGAGAGGCAAGUUCAGUGAAGAUGAUGAGAGGAUUAUCAUCAACUUUCAUUCAGUUCUCGGAAACAAGUGGUCGAAGAUUGCAGCACAUCUGCCAGGAAGAACUGAUAAUGAGAUAAAGAAUUAUUGGAACACUCACAUAAGGAAAAAGCUUCUGAAGAUGGGUAUUGAUCCAGAAACUCACAAGCCAAGGACAGACUUGAAUCACCUCAUGAGUCUUUCUCAGUUGCUUGGCAUGUCAAACUUGAGCAGUGCCAUUAGCACUGCUUGGGGCAAUAAGCCUCUAGGUUUACAGCCAGAUAUCACUCAGCUAGCCAAAAUACAACUUGUGCAAAAUCUUUUGCAACUUAUCAACAACAAUUCAUUUGUUAACAUUGGAAAUAAUAACCCUUACCUCUUAUCCAAUCCCAACCUCAACCCUUUAUUUCUGAAUGGCAUAAACCCCCUCCAAACUAAUAAGGAGCCUCAUGUGGUGUUGAGUGGUAGUGAAGAAUAUGCUAACCCUGGUUUAUACUCUCAAGCACAAAGCCAGUGCUCUCAGCAUGAUGUUUCAAAAUCAUUGGCAGAUUUAGAUGGUGGAUCUAUUCCACAAGAUUACAACAAAAUUAACAGCACUACUACUUCACGUGAAAAUCUAGCAGAAAAUCCACCUCUUCCUGCAUUAGUUGCAUUCCCUCCAAAGAUGGGAACCUUCAACCAAAUGGACAGUGGCUGUAAUAUAGCUGCUCAAACGUCAACAGAGUCACCUUCCAACACAAUCUUUGAUGAUUGGGAGAAGUUGCUUGACGAUGAAACAAGCGGUUCCUAUUGGAAAGAGAUUCUAGACUUGACAUCCACUUCUGCGUCACCAAUUUUGUGGUAGAAGAAUCAUCGGUUCUCUUUCAGGAUAAUCCCAUCAACUUAUGGAUAUAGAUCACGUACCAAAGAAAUGCGUAGUUUUAUUCAUUCAUGGUUUUUAAUUCAUUGUUUAGAUUCAUUUCUAUUUUUAUACAUGGAUACAAAACACAUACUAUGAAAGAUACACUCGUACAUGCAUAUUUAUAUAUUUAGUUUUAUGUAUUUCUAGAAACAGACUUGUACUUCACAAGAUUUGGUUCUAUUUUCUCAAUAAAACAUCUUUUGUAGUUACAAUUCAAAA